AUGACCGAACCCGCACCACCACCACCGGAAGACAUCGCCCAUGACGACCUAUGCCCCUGCAACCACCUCCUCUGCGCAUCAUGCAUGGCACAAUGGGCCGACACAUCCUCCACAACCCGCAUCGAACACUCAAGCUUAGACGUGCAUCUUGCAGACUUCGAUCCCAACUACGAUCCCACGUACGACCUCGAAGCCAACUGUCCCAUGUGCAGAACGCACACCACGGCAGCGCCAGAUGCGGCGCUAGCGGCUCACUUGGAGAAGGAGUAUCCGGUUACUUAUGCUGCGAGACGUGUGGAGGAGGCGGUUGAGAGGGGGGGUGUAGUUGGGCAGGAUGGCGUCGAGGGCGUUAUGAUUCUCAUUGGGAAUACGCAUAAGCUGGUUAGACAUGCUGGUGAUGCAAAUGAGCAUGACUGGACGUUUUUUGUGCGCAUGUCGAGACAGGAUAUCAUCAAGGAGGUGCGCGUGGAACUGGCGCACUGCACUCACUCUCCAUGUGGCGGCGGAGCUGACAUACAAGUAGCAUCCUACAUUCCCGCGCCCUCGUAA